UCCAAGGUAGCGGUGUUCACUGUCGGUCUACAGGCAAGGCGGAAGAUAUAGCUGGAGGCAUUUCUUUGUUUCACAAUGCAUUCUUGGCACUGAUGGCCAAACAGAGCUCAACCCUUGCGGCGUUGCCGAGAGCAGAGGUCUGUGCCUACUGGGUGCUCUCUUUUGGCUCCCAUCUCUACUCAUUCUAUCAACUGCACAUAUUCUCCAAAGAGCAUGAAGCAGGAUUGGAGAGAGAGUUCCAACUGGAGAAAGGCUUUCUAAUAUGGGGGCAUAAAAAGGACCCUACAGACUUUGAGUGGAGUUUCUGGAGUCACUGGGCUAGAAAGUCUUUGCUGUGGACUUUGUUGGGCCAUGCCGUGGUCUCCAGACUAGCCAGCUUCUUCAUUCCUGAGUUCAGACUGACAGCUCUGUUGGCCUAUGGUCUCCUUGCGGCUUGCUGUACAGUGGGGAUUAAAGGAGUGGGCGUGGUCCUUGGCCAUCUGGGCCUGUCAUUGGCUGUUGCCCAGCUGUGUAACCCUGCCCUGUCCUGGAGCUGUGCCCUACUGCUACUUUCCACCCUCCACAUCCCCCUACUGCAGGAUAUACAAAGAAGCUGGUACCAGACAGAAGAGGAGUACUACCUCUUACUCUUCAGUGUGGCAGUGUGUGGCCUGCGCUUCAUCAGCUUCAGCCUGGAGCACUGCUGGCGCCCCCUGGAGGCUGGAGGACUGCAGCAGCAGGUCUACUGGCUGACCGCUUACUCCUUCUACCAUCCUUUGUUCUUCAACGGACCCAUCCUCACCUUCAAGGACUUCCUCCAACAGAUGCAGGUACCUGUGAAGGAUCAUGGUGCUAGGAUUACGUUCCUCUCGCUGCUGGCCAACGCUGGCAGGAUCUGUGUGUGGUGGUUUAUAGCGGAGUACAUGAUACACCUGAUGUACAUGCACACUAUACAGGCCAACGAAACAUAUCUGGAGAUCCUGCCACCUUGGGCUUUGGGUGGGCUGGCCCUGGCAUUAGUCCAGUUCUUCUAUGUGAAGUACCUGGUUCUGUUUGGUGUUCCGUCUCUGCUAGCUGGAAUGGAUGGGCUGGCCCCCCCGAAGCUACCACGCUGUGUCAGCAUUAUGCACAGUUUCACAGGAAUGUGGAGACACUUUGACGUCGGGCUGUAUCACUGGCUCAUCAGGUACAUUUACAUCCCAUUAGGAGGCUCUCACCACGGGCUGCUGUGGAAGAUGCUGUCCACGGCUCUGGCAUUUGGCUUUGUGUGUUUCUGGCAUGGAGGACAUGACUACCUACAGUACUGGGCUCUGAUGAACUGGGUCGGGGUGCUGGUGGAGAAUGGAGUGACAAUCCUCAUCUCUUCUCCCCUCGUCUAUCCAUCUAUUGAGCGCUGUAUCUCCCCAGCCAUGAGGAGGCGAUGUUUGGCUCUCAUCUCAGCCUUCUCCACAGCCAUGCUCAUUCUGUCCAACCUCAUCUUCCUUGGGGAAAACCAUGUCGGCAGGAUCAUGUGGAAGAGGGUCUUUAUACAAGGUUGGUGUACAGUGGCUCCACCCAUGUUAGCCUUCCUCUAUUGCUUUGCCCAGAUUGGACUGGAGUGGGAACACAACCCACCUUAAAUCACCAACCCCACAGAGACUGUUGGGAGGCAGAACUCACCCUAACCCACCAACACACAGUGCUGACUCUGCUAUGUGGGGAGAACAACCCACCCCACAGUGGACUCAGGUAGCCUAGCAGUUAAGAGCGUUAGGCCAGUAACCAAAAAGUUGCUGGUUCGAAUCCUGAGCUGACUAGGUAAAAAAUCUCUGUGCCCUUGAGUAAGGCACUUAAACCCUAAUUGACCCUGUAAGUCGCUCUGGAUAAGAGCGUCUGCUAAAGGACUUAAAUGUAAGUGGACUCUUCCAUGUGGGGAGAACAACCCACUGUAACCACCCCACAGUGCACUCUGCUAUGUGGGGAGAGCAAACCUGUCCUUUACUACCCACCCACAAUGGGGACUACCAAUGAGACCUGAGGAAAACACUGGACCCAUAUACGUAUGUGACUAUAAGAAAGUGACUACAGUAUAAGAAACCUGUCCGUCAAACUACCUGUACCUAUGAGAACUGCUGCUUAAUAUUUGGGUGCAUAGAGUAAAACACAUAUAUGGAAAAACAAUGGAUGCUGUUCAGUGGUAAUUUGUUGAUAACCUGACAGUGAGGCUUGCAGUAUCCAACCUUGGAUGUUUUGGAUCUGUUUAACCCCAAAAUCAGCAUUAUACAUCUCCUGGAAUGGAAUGGCUGAAAGCACCUCAGUAUAUUCCUUUGACUGCGCUAAUCCCGUAUCUGUCUCAUAGCACUAAAGGGAUCAGCAGAUCUGUGUCAGUUUAACUAACAUGUAGGGUCGGGGGAGAAAACCCUGCUAAUUAGACUAGCCUAACACUACUCUGAAAGGGAUUUAGGUCACAUCCAAAGAUGGCAUCCUAUUCCUUAGCUAGUGCACUACUUUUGACCAGGGGCAAUAGGGCUCUGGUUAAAUGUAGUGCACUAUAUAGGGAUCUAUUUGAGACACAAGCUUAAAUGGGUCUUAUGACAUCCCAAGAAUCCAAAUAUCCAGUCAAGAAGAGAAUACGAUCUGCAGCGUUAAAUCUUAAACAGUUUAUGAUAAGAAACCCGCCACACAACCCUUUUCGUGACGGAUUACAAGUAUAGCAAUAAUUUCAUCACACGUAAAGGUUGCUUCAAAGGGUGCCCUAUGUUAGUCAUGUAGGCUGUUCUUACUAAUAAUGUGCUUGUAUAUAGGCAGUUCAUCACCCAGUGAGCCGGCCCUAAUCUUUAGGUUGACAGUGACUGACCUCGGUUCUACAUGGGCCAUUGUCUGUUCCUCCGUCACUGGAUCCCUCACUCCCUUUUUUUCUCUCUCUCUGUGUCCGACUGAGUCUCUUUUCUCUCUAUGUGGAUAUCUGUAUCUUUCUCUCUCCAUCUCUGUCAGGGAUGAGGGCCCGGUGUGGUGUUAAUUGGAUGUUAAUGUGUUAACGUUUUUAAUCAGGCGCUCUAGCGUUCAGUAAAUAUUCUGCUCCUUCAGGAGGCAGCCAGGCCAUGCAGGUGUUAUCUAGCUAGAUUCAACCCCUUGUCUGUCUCUUACCGAACAUGAUUGGCUGGAAUGGAAUAAAUGGAACGGUAUCAAACAUAUGUAAACCACAUGUUUAACUCCGUUCCAUUAAUUCCAUUCUGGCCAUUACAAUGAGCCUGUCCUCUAUAGCUCCUCCCACCAGCCUCCUCUGCUAUCACUGUACUAUAAGUGUGAGAUGAUGCAUGUGCAAGGGUUUGUUCUUCUACUGUUGAUGAUGAUAGGAGACUGUCCUGUAUCUUAUCAUUGUUAUAAUGGUGGCUUCACCUAUUGACAUGGAACUUUGUCUACUUACAUUUUUCCCUAUUGAAUAAAUAGUUAUUUCUUCAACAUCA